AUGGAUGAUCAAGCAUGGUAUUUGAGAACUUCAAAGCUGGCUCUGGCCUUGGCAAUUAUCCACUCAAAACCAGCAGACAAAAGCAGCAGAGAAUACACAGAGCAUCUUGCAAGGAUGCUGUCUGGGCAGGAAUCAAAGUGGAGAGCAAAAGUCAAAGCCCUGGAAGCUGAAGUUGUGCAAUUACGUCAAAAACUUCUUCUGAGCAGGAUUUGUUCAGGAUCAUUUGCGAGUGGAGGUCCAUCUUCCCAGUUGCAGGCUCAGGAACCUAGAAGUUCUGAAAACACUUCGACUCUGCUGGAAGAUUCUGGGUGCGGUUUAUCAAUUGAUCAGAGAACUGAACCUUCAGAGAUGACCGAGCAUUCUGGGGAGAGCUGCAUCUCCACCCCCUUCCCACCACUGUCCAUUUUGAACAGACCUUGUGCUUCUCUGGAAAAGCCUCUGUCUUCUCACAUGCAGUUCUUGCAACAUCUGCUUGGACUGAAGACCUUGACCGAGUCAGAGAGUCUGAAAACAGACUUAGGCCACUUUGAAAACGCCUCUUCCAUAGUAUCCGAUUCUGUUUUUCAGUUGCUGGAUGGCUUGAUCACUUUUUACCGAGAACCCAAACUUCCUUGUUCAAGCUUUUGGAUCGAAGCUGUGGAUACUUUAGCUAGACUGAUCAGUGAUUGUAACUUAUCUAAUCAUAUUCUUAAAAAGUGUUCCAAGAAGUUGGAAGAAUUUGAGAAGACCCUGCUACAGGUUAUUUUAAGGAACAGCCAUAUCAAUCGGUUUCAGGUGCAGCAUUAUGUCUCUCAGAGUCUGGUAACCCUGGGAAGUUGCAGCUUGUUGAGAAAAUCUAUAAUACCUCUGCUUCUGUCAGAAGUAAACAGCUUCGCUGAUGAUCUGGGUGCCAUCAAUCAGGUGCAAGCCAGUUACGAUGUGACACGCUACGAAAAUAUUUUCUCUGUGUUCUGGGUUCUGGAACAACUUCUUCAGAAGGAAACUGAAGAAGGCAAUGCUUCAAGAAUAGGGCAUGAGGACCAAGAAAUCAAGAAAUUUCUUCAGAAGCAUGAUGAAACUAUUUUGCAGCUCUCUGAUGCAUUUCCUUUAUUUACUUUUUAUUUAUGGAGACUGGGCACUCUCUUGAACUCAUUUUCUCACAUGCAGUUCUUGCAACAUCUGCUUGGAUUGAAGACCUUGACCGAGUCAGAGAGUCUGAAAACAGACUUAGGCCACUUUGAAAACGCCUCUUCCAUAGUAUCCGAUUCUGUUUUUCAGUUGCUGGAUGGCUUGAUCACUUUUUACCAAGAACCCAAACUUCCUUGUUCAAGCUUUUGGAUCGAAGCUGUGGAUACUUUAGCUAGACUGAUCAGUGACUGUAACUUAUCUAAUCAUAUUCUUAAAAAGGGUUCCAAGAAGUUGGAAGAAUUUGAGAAGACCCUGCUACAGGUUAUUUUAAGGAACAGCCUUAUCAAUCGCUUUCAGGUGCAGCAUUAUGUCUCUCAGAGUCUGGUAACCCUGGGAAGUUGCAGCUUGUUGAGAAAAUCUAUAAUAUCUCUGCUUCUGUCAGAAGUAAACAGCUUCGCUGAUGAUCUGAGUGCCAUCAAUCAGGUGCAAGCCAGUUACAAUGUGACACGUUAUGAAAAUAUUUUCUCUGUGUUCUGGGUUCUGGAACAACUACUUCAGAAGGAAACCGAAGAAGGCAACGCUUCAAGAAUAGAGCAUGAGGACCAAGAAAUCAAGAAAUUUCUUCAGAAGCAUGAUGAAACUAUUUUGCAACUCUCUGAUGCAUUUCCUUUAUUUACUUUUUAUUUAUGGAGACUGGGCACUCUCUUGAACUCAGUAGAGAUAGGAACUGUUGAAAAUAACUCACAUCCUUAG